AGGGCGGGUCCUCUCAGCUUUUUUUUGUUGUAUUGUCGAUGCGCGUGCUCGUCCGCGGGCUCGACAAACGUCAAGCGGGGACAGUCACGUGACCCGGGCUGCCGCGCAGCCCAUUGGACGGAGCGGCGCGGAGGGCGUGGCGAAGAGCGGCGGCGUGCGUUUUGCUCCAGUGUGACACAAUUACAACAACUUUGAGCCGACGCUUGGCGGAAGUUUACGAUCAAAUUGUUCAAAACAAAUCAAACAUUUGUUGAAAAAAAAAAAAAAAAAAAAAAAAAAAAAAGAGGGGGGCAGCAGCGUCGCGUCCACUCCAUGCACACAUCGGCGCCGGGACACGCGCUUUACAAUGAGCGCAAGCGUGGAAGCUAACUUGAAGGGCUCAUUUCCUUGAGGGAUUUGGCAAGAAAAAAAAAAAAAGACGCUACGCCCCGCCGCGAACACAAGGUGUGCUCCGUUCGGUUUGCUCGUGUCGUCUCUUCCAGGCGUAUUCCCGGUAUGAAAUCGUGCGGAGUGUCGCUCGCCACAGCCGCCACCGCGGACUCUGCCGCCGCCGCUAAUGACGAGGAGAAAAUGGCGUCGGCUAAAGCGAGAGAAAUCGAGGAGGACUUUCCGACGCUUACGCCGCAGGAGAAAGAGAGCCUGCUCGGGAUUGACAGCUCACUCUUUGGAUUUCAUAGGCUUCAAGAAGAUGGCGCCAGAACGAAGGCCUUACUGAUAAAGGCUGUUAGCUGCUUUAACGCUCUCGUCCUGAAAGCAGAAGGAAAAGUAGAUGCUGAUAUUUUCUGUCAGCUGGGCCACUUCAACCUCCUGUUGGAGGACUAUCCAAAAGCAUUAUCGGCAUACCAGAGGUACUUCAGUGUACAGUCGGACUACUGGAAGAAUGCUGCCUUUUUAUACGGGCUGGGCUUGGUCUACUUCCAUUACAAUGCAUUUCAGUGGGCAAUCAAGGCAUUUCAGGAGGUGCUCUACAUUGACCCCGGUUUCUCUCGCGCUAAAGAGAUUCACCUGCGACUGGGACUCAUGUUUAAAGUCAACACAGACCAGGAGUCCAGCCUAAAGCAUUUUCAGCUGGCGUUGAUCGACUCAAACCUCUGCACUUUGUCCAAGGCUGAGAUUCAGUUCCACAUCGCUCAUUUGUAUGAGAUCCAGAAAAAGUACCGAGCCGCCAAAGAAGCUUACGAGAGUCUCUUGCAGACGGAGAGUCUUCCUGCUCAGGUGAAGGCGGCCACACUGCAACAACUUGGCUGGAUGCAUCACACAGUGGAGCAGCUGGGCGACAAAGGCACCAAGGACAGUUAUGCCAUUCAGUGUCUGCAGAAGUCUCUAGAGGCUGAUCCAAACUCGGGCCAGUCCUGGUAUUUCCUGGGCAGGUGCUACUCCAGUAUUGGGAAUGUGCAAGAUGCCUUCAUCUCCUAUCGUCAAUCCAUCGAUAAGUCAGAGGCCAGCGCUGACACCUGGUGCUCCAUAGGGGUGCUCUACCAGCAGCAAAACCAGCCUAUGGACGCGCUGCAGGCCUACAUCUGCGCCGUGCAACUGGACCACAACCACAGCGCCGCCUGGAUGGAUCUGGGCACGCUGUACGAGAGCUGCGGGCAGCCGCACGACGCCAUCAAGUGCUAUAUCAACGCCACGCGCAGCAAGGCCUGCGUCAACACCGCCGCGCUCAUGCAGCGCAUCAAGCUGCUGCAGGCUCAGUUGUGUAACCUACAGCCAGGUAGUCUGCAGAAUAAGAGUAAAAUGCUUCCUAGUAUUGAGGAGGCGUGGAGCCUACCCAUCCCUGCCGAGCUCACGUCCAGGCAGGGGGCCCUGAACGCUGCACAGGCACAGCAGGCCUGUAAGGGGGAGGGAGCCCAAAGCACCAGCAAUCACGGCAACCUACAGGCCAGCCCUGCCAAGAAGAAACGCACUGCCAGCCCAGCUAAAAGUGGCGCCGAUUUGUGUGCUGACAGUGCCAAUCAGCAGCCGGUCCCAAGCUGGUAUCUUACACCACAGAAGCUUCAGCUUCUGGACCACUUGCGGACCAACAGAGCCCUCCUGAAGCCCCUGCAGGUGCAGAUGCUGGAUCAGCUGGAGAACCAGUUCUCACUCAUGCAGCAGCAUCAGCAGCAGAUGAGGCAGCAGGGAGCAGCGGGCGCCCAGCUGCGACCCAGCCUUCCCAACGGUCCUGUGCCCGUGUCCCCCGUCAACAACCACCACCCCCACAACCACGCAGUCCUCCAGGGCUCCUCCCCUGUCAAUCACACAGCCAUCAGACCCCCGUGUGUCGCCCAGCCCACGGCCAACGGCUCAUGUCAGAGUCCGUCGUCGUCGUCCUCGGGGCCGCUGGACGGCAGGUCCCCCGGGCGAGAUCACGCCCACGCCGCGCCGCCGGGAAGUAGCGGCACGAGCAACGGAAACGUGCCUUACGCGCAGCAGCAGAACUCUCUACCUCACAACUGCACAGCCGCCGCUGGUCACCCCAGCAGCAGCUGCAGCAGCGCGAGUCCGGGUCACACGGACGAGACGUGGAGGAGCCCACAUAGCAACACUACCGCUCAGGGGCUUCACAAAGGUCCAGGUUCACAUUCGGCAGGUCCCAAUGGAGAACCCCCUUUCUCUUCCUCCUCUUCCCCCCAGACCUCCUUCUCUUCCUCGGGCAUUCUCAAUCAGGUGGGGCAUUCUUCUGGGCCCUGCACUGCCUCGUCCUCGGCCUCCUCUUUGUCCCCCACUUCCCCCCAGUCCACCCCCAACCACUUGUCCUCGCCUCCCCACUCCGCCACUACCUCAGGGGUCCACACCAAAGACAAUGCGCCCUCCGGGGGCGGCAGCAGCAGCAACAAGGGCGGCGACAGCAGUGCGGGCGUGGCGGCCAACACCACGCCCGCACAGGGACUGACUAAUCACGUCCAGCCGCGGGGGACGGAGGGCCCUGCCAGCCCGCCACGACCCGGCGCCCCGCCCAGUUCCGACAAUCCUCAGCUCUCAGCCUUGCUAAAGGGACAAGCCAACACAACCGCGACAAACGACGACAAUAAUAACUGUAGUAACCACGGUGGGCCUUUCUCAGAGAAAAUCAACAAUGUCCACUCGGUCGCUGCCAAAGCUACGUCAGAGCACUUGUCUGCGUCCUCGCCUUUGUCGGCCACCGCAGCGCCCUCCACCCGCUCAGCCGCCGGCGGCCUCUCCUGCCUUAACAGCCGGUCCAACAGCGAGGGCCCCACGCUGAACGGGAAGGAGGACUCUCGGAGCCCGCAAAAGGCGGGGCCUCUUGAAGGCGUGCAUAGACACUCAGCCCCCGCUGGUCUGGCCCCCUGGUCUUCUGUUUCAAUCUACCCAAGCUCCAGCGAGGUGCUCAAAGCCUGCAGAAACCUGGGCAAGAAUGGCCUGUCGACGAGCAGCGUCCUCCUGGACAAGUGUCCGCCGCCGCGACCCCCGGGCACGCCCUCGCCUCCUUUGCCAAAGGACAAGCUCAACCCGCCGACGCCCAGUAUUUAUUUGGAAAACAAGAGGGAUGCCUUCUACCCUCCUCUCCAUCAGUUCUGCACCAACCCUUCCAACCCGGUCACCGUCAUCAGAGGCCUGGCGGGAGCUCUUAAACUGGACCUGGGCCUCUUCUCCACCAAGACGCUAGUGGAGGCUAACCCCGACCAUCUGGUGGAGGUGCGCACCCAGCUGGCUCAGCCCACCGACGAGAACUGGGACCCCAGCGGCAGCCACAAGCUGUGGCUUUGUGAGAGCAGCCGCUCGCGCACCACCAUCGUCAAAUACGCCCAGUACCAGGCCUCGUCCUUCCAGGAGUCGCUACGGGAGGAGAGCGAGAAGAAGAAGGAGAUGGAAGCAGAAGCGGCCUCGUCUGACGGCCUGGCGCGGCGGAGGAAAUGUCCUUUCAAGCACAUCAAGUUCGGCACCAACAUAGACCUCUCGGAUGAAAACAAGUGGAAGCAGCAGCUCCAGGAGCUGAGCAAACUGCCAGCCUUCGCCAGGGUGGUGUCAGCUGGCAACCUGCUCAGCCACGUGGGACACACCAUCCUGGGCAUGAACACGGUGCAACUCUACAUGAAGGUUCCGGGGAGCAGGACACCAGGCCACCAAGAGAACAAUAACUUCUGUUCGGUCAACAUCAACAUCGGUCCUGGGGAUUGCGAGUGGUUCGCCGUGCCAGAGCCAUACUGGGGUGUCAUCAACAGCUUCUGUGAAAAGAACAACAUCAACUUCUUGAUGGGGUCCUGGUGGCCCAACCUGGAGGACCUGUACGAGACCAACGUGCCUGUUUACCGCUUCAUCCAGCGCCCCGGGGACCUGGUGUGGCUCAACACGGGCACCGUGCACUGGGUGCAGGCCAUCGGCUGGUGCAACAACAUCGCCUGGAAUGUAGGACCCCUCACAGCCCAUCAGUACAAGCUGGCGGUGGAGCGCUACGAGUGGAACAAACUGCACAGCGUCAAGUCCAUCGUUCCCAUGAUCCACCUGUCCUGGAACCUGGCCAGGAACAUCAAAGUGUCCGACCACAAGCUCUUUGAGAUGAUCAAGUAUUGCUUGCUGCGAACUCUGAAGCAGUGUCAGAUGCAGCGAGAGCUUCUGCUGACUGCGGGGAAGUCGCUGGUUUGGCACGGGCGCACCCAGCACGAGCCAGCCCAUUACUGCAGUAUUUGUGAGGUGGAGGUGUACGACCUGCUCUUUGUGACCAGCGAGAGCAACAGCAAGAAGACCUACGUGGUGCAUUGCCAGGACUGCGCCCGCAGGGGGAGCCCUAACCUGGACAACUUUGUGGUGCUGGAGCAGUACAAGAUUGAUGACCUCAUGCAGGUCUACGACCACUUUACUCUGGCGAGCCCCUUGCCUUCCUCGUCUUGAAGAUGCUUUUGUUUCCCCAGCGACAGUGGACUCCAGAUUUGUGUUCCUCCUCAUUUGGACAUUUAGGAAGUAAGCCGUCAGUCCUCCUAACCGUAGCAAACCCUCGCCCCUAAAGGCAGCUAGCUUGUGCGUAAGCUGCGAAAGUCUAUGCAACUUUGCCUCGCCCCCUGGUGGACUGUAGGGGGAAGGCGUCAUCUUCAGACUGUUCUACUGCCGGCCCAGCUGGACUCUCGUCAACAUUGAUAGAUGGAGUAAAAAGCUUUGUACAUAUUACGGUUUCAUGACUACUGACUACUUUUUGUUGUCUCUUCCUCUUCCUUCGCCAUCACCCACUCGGUCUUUUUCUGUUGUUAGACAGAUUAAACCGAAACUUUUUUUUUUAUUUUAUUUUAUUUUUUUAAAUAAUGUGAACAUUUGAGUGAUGCAGUCUUUGCAACAUGUUUUUUUUUUUUUUUAUUAUUUGAAUUUGCUGGAACAAUGUUGACGACAUGAAAUUGUUUAUAGACAAAAGGCCGCGAGCACAUAGUUUUUUAUUGUUAUUAUUAUUUUCCUGUAAAUUGACACUAUUUAUAAACGCAUAUUUAUUGCUUGGAAAUAUUUGUUAAUGAAAUACUGCCCCCUCCUUUUUGUUUGUUCUUUCCCAGAAUACCUGCCAUGAAAUUUGAAGGAGCCUUGUGACUUUUGAGCAAAGCCUCUCCGAUAUGUUUUGUAUAGAAAUAAAAAGUGCUUACUAAGCAUUGUGCAGAGA